AUGCCUAUACCCUCCCAGGCGACUUGGCUACAGAGUCCUGGGGGUCUUCAGCGCACACCUAUGCUUCAACGUAUCAGACAGAGCCCAAGCAGCCUGGCAAAACACGAUGAACUACUCCGUUUUCCCUGCAUGCAGAAGGCCAAGGCAGACGCUACUAUCUUCAUGAAGUGGGCCUUCCCUGGUUUAGCAAACACUCUCGUGGUCAUCCCAGCCACAAAAUUAAAUGACCAGCAAGCAGAUGAGCCACUUCCCCGGGGCAUAAUGAUAGCAGGCCUAAUGUACAGCAACACGGCCACCCACCUCUCCAAUCGGUUCUGGAUCUCCAAGGCCUUCAGCUUCGCUGCCUACCCUGCGACAGACUUCACUGCCAAUUGGCCAGCCGUCUCAGACAAAAACCUGGUGCAGACCAGCACCCCGGUGGACCAACACCUAGCCAGCAAAGUCCUGAACAUGCUGCUAUGCCGUGAGACCAUUAACUCAGCAGAGGACGGCCUAAUCACCAUGAUUAGACACGGCAACGCCUCUACACACUGGGUCUUCACUGCCAAUUCCCCCCCACCCCACCGACGUGUUCCAACACAGACAGUGGGUCAGUCACAUCCCUCGGCCCCAAAUCACCCUACAGCGCAAAGUCUACAUUCUUACAAGCUCCAAGGGCCCCUACAGCAUUCAACCACUACACUACAAGAUGCCCCCAUGUGCAACGACACCUCUUCGUUGGCUUCCAAUGGAUCAUCGGUUUUGGUCUAUUGCAACUGGCUCCGACAAGUCGAUCUCAUCCAGUCUGCACUGAAGGUCAAUGAUAUCAACUUGGAAUCUGCAACCUCAGGUGAUAGUGUCCAUGUCCGAGAUAAAACUCUUAACCGUUUCAGUUCCAAGCAGGAUCGCAGAGGCAACCCUUGCCACGUGUUGAUCAUUAGUGGUGUGGGUACAACGGGGCUGAACAUCACAACAGCAAACGUUGUUAUUUUCGCUGAUCAACUUUGGAGCUCCCAAGAUGAGCGUCAGGUCAUAGGCCGUGUGCAACGGAAAGGGCAAACCAAGAAGGUCACAGUAGUCUGGCUGCUGGCAGAUGGUACCACAGAUACUUUACUGUAUCAGUUUGCCCAGGGAAAGGCAAGGCAGAGUGAAACAUUUGUUUCCAAAGCUAAAGCAUUUUUGGCAUUGAACAACGACGAAGAUAGUGAUGGGGAUACAAGUGACAGCGGCGUUGACGAUCGCUCUCCUUCCAUUGUGCAAGUGAAAGGGAAAGGGACAAGCCACAAGAGGAAGAGAAGCAACAAUGUUGCUGACAAAGGAAAGAAGCAGAAAACAAAGGGGGGUUUCAAGGGAAAAGAAGUUGCCGCCCCCCCAGCGCUUUCCCCAAUCCUCUACCAUCAUCUUCAAAGGGAGAAGUCCCACUCCCUUUAG